CGUCGAAACACGCGUGGCUGAACUUUGUUCUGUUCAAAAAUGACCGAAAAAGUGUGGCUAAGAUUCGAGACGAAACCAAAAGAUGGCACUGCACUGAAGCUGAGGAUACAAGACUUGCCUCCGGCGAGGGCUGACGAGGCCCUGGAGUUGAGGUUGACACAAUUUGCGGCGGACGAAGUUGUGCACAAAGCAGCAGGUAUCACAAAGAAUCCAGAAGCAGUGGAGUCGUAUAAAGAAUAUUUGAACUUAUUAAAGCAAGACCCAAGCUAUAGCACUGUCAUCUGCUGCGAAGAUAACGGGGAUGAUGCCGGAGACAUAUUGGGGGUAUCAAGUAUCUCACUCGCGAAGGAAGACUUCAACUGGGAUCAGAUCCUGGAAAUGAUAAAGAAAGACGGUCCCGAGGAAAUCAGAAAGUUAACAGCAGUCUUCAAAUCAACUUCGGACAUGUAUAAACCCGUAAAAGAAUUGAAUCUGAAAGAGUAUCUAGAGGACCACAGCAUACUGGUAAUGCCGGGCUACAGGUGCUGUGGAAUAGCGCAACAGUUUUUAAAAACGAGACGUCUACAGUGUGCUGAACUAGGGGUCCUCAAAACAGGGGGGUGGAUGACAGGGUACGGGACCCAGAUAGCGGCCGAGAGAGACGGGUGGGAGACGGUCUUUGAGGUCAAAUACGACGAUUUGGCGCGCGAACAUAACCUGGUCUUCGAGGACGCGCCGCCCACUAUGAAGUACAUGAUAGCUGGACCCUUAACUACCUAUACUCAGAAUCAGAAUAGCCAUUUAUUAAAUUAA